CAAUCGGUACACGUUUGACAUAUACAUCAUACGUUUGCAUUCACAAAUCAUGGCCACAACGAUUUGGCACACUCAACUCUCAACUCAACUCUGCAGUUUGACCGAGUGUUGAUUGUAAAUUUAUGCCAAGUCCCUGUGCAUAUUUUAGAAUUCAUGACAUACUUUUUUCCGGGGAUGACAUCAAAUAUAUUAUUGAAAAUUGGAUAAUUACCAUUUUAUCUGCAAUACUGACGGGUGCCUGGUAUCUGUCUAACACAAAAUUGCUUGUUUAAAUUUACAUAAUAUUGUGUAAGUGUUUUGACACACUUAAUACCGAGUCAACACAGCCCGGCGUUUUCAGUGAGGGGUUUUCUAAUUCAGGGUAAUCCGAUUCUAUUUAUAAAGCAAUUGUGAACAGGUUUGGACAUACAUGUAAUCGAUUUCACCUGGCACGUAAUUAUACCAGACCAGGAACUCGGACAUUCGACUGAUUGCACGGAGGCAUGAUGUAUUGAAAUUAUUGUUUAUUUUGGCGAGUAGGAAUGUUUAUUUGCCUUCCCGGCCACCAAUCUCAACACGACUCUGAUAAGGAGAGACAAUUGACGUCACCAGAGAACAGAACAGAGGUUUUGUAGAAAGCUAAAAUCAUACAGAUGGAUGAUUUGAAAUUCUAAAAUUACGCUUGAAAUGCACCAACAGUUGUGAUCUACGUCACCCUAGAAUUUACAUCAGUGAGCAUUACGUCAUCAUUACGUCAUCAUGACAUCAUUUACGAUGGCGUCCUUCGCUGCACCGAAGACUAAGACUGGAACAGUGUUCGUUGGAUUUCUAGUGCUGCUGUUGUCAUAUUUCGUCGUCAUGGAUAUCCUUGUAUACCAGUCUCUUCAAACAAUGGAUUUAGUGAACCAAGAUCACGUGGGAGGAUACUCGCCGUUCCGUCCUCUCUCUGUGAAACUCCUCAUGUUGGACCACAUUGAUCAUUACGUGUACAUCCCUUUAGCAGAGCUAGUGUUCGCCAUCUUUGAACCCACGGGUAUAUAUUUCAUCCUCACACCAAAUGUCAUCAGUUUUACUGGCUUAUUUUUAGGCUUCGUUGCCGGGAAAUUUGUGACGAUGGAAUCGCUUUAUCAUAGACGUAUCGGUGUACUGAUUUUUGAAUACCGGAUGUGGUUGGAUGUGCUGGAUGGUGUAGUGUUUCGUCACACUUCCGGUAACCCCGUAUACAAAUCACAUAGAACUACAUUAGGUUUUUUUAUAGACGUUGAUUGUGACAUCAUCAGCGGUGUUGCGCUUGCUUUUGGAUGUUUGUUCUAUUUAUGGAAAUACCCGCCUGCAAUACAACCACGUGACCUUCUAUUGCCAAUUUCUAAACCAUUUUUGAAUGCAAAUGUAAAUGGCCAUAGCGGUGAUUCUCCGGGAAAGAGCAAUGGGUUCCACAACAAAGCUACAAAAAAUUACAUAUUCUUAAAGUGCCUAAUUUUUGGGGGUGUCAUCGUUUUGGCGACGACCACGUGGGACAAUAUGUUGCAGACGUACUCGGACGUGCUGCAGAUCCCCAUGGAAACGUCUCUUCAGACGGAAAAACAGUUGGAGGCAUUACAUUCCGGGGUAACAUGGUUGAGUAUGUGGCUGUGGCGGUUCUGCGAGGCUCAAACUUUACUCCAUUUUCUGCAGCUCGCCAUUGUAACCGAUAAGAUCUGGGAAUUCCUCAACUUUAUCCAAUUUGCUGGAUUUGUAGCUCUUGCGAUAUUGAACUUAUUUAGCUUCAUUCAAGUUCGACGCAUAAGAGCUAUGGUCGGGAUUUACGACUCCUGACGGAUGGGAUCGCCACACAAGAUAAAAUUUAUGCAACGUUACAUAAUCAAAUAAAUAUUAUUGUUUAUGAAUAUGCUGUCCAUUGGUGAUCAUUACUUAGUUCAAUUUAAAUACAUUUUAUUACGUAUAUAUUACACAAAAGGGUCGGACUCAGAUUAUAGCAACUUAUCAAUAUCUUCUCCAUAUACAAAACUAAGCAACGGUAUUAAGCUUAUCAGCAGAUAAUAUAUUACUUGGUAUUUUGAAUAGAAAGAGAAACAAGUAAGAAGAAAAAAGGAUAAGGAAACAGAAAGAAAGAAUGAUAAUGAUAUGUUAAAUGAGAAUAAAGUAUAUUUGUUAUAACGGCUAGGUAAAUGACACUAUGGAUUUUUAUACGACGUUAUACAAUAAAAAUAUUGUUU